CGGGCCGGGAAACGGCGGCGAUGGAGGCGAGGGGCUCGGCGGACGGCGGGAGGCCCGUGAAGGGCAUCCUGAAGAACCGCUCUGGCAGCGGCGGCAGCAGCGGGCGGGGCCUGGCCGACUCCGAGGCUCUCUCGCAGGCGUUGCCGCUGCCGCCCGCCGGGCCGCUCCUGCAAGCGCAGCCGAGCAGCGAGAGCCGCGGCGAGGAGCACGGGAAGAAGACGCAGAAGUGGGACGAGAUGAACAUCCUGGCCACCUACCACCCGCCCGGGAAGGACUACGGGCUGAUGAAGAUCGACGAGCCCAGCACGCCCUACCACAGCCUGAAGGAGGAGGACGCCGGCAGCGACGCCGAGGACAGCCCGGUGCCCACGGCGGACGUCCUCGCCAAAAAGUUGGCAGCUGCAGCACAAGGGCAGGGCCCCAAAAUCCUGGCAAGGCAGGAUGACAGCAGUGACGAGGAGGAGGAGGAUGAGGUAGACUUAACUCCAGAAGAAUUGGAGAAAAAGAGGCAGUUUGAAAUGAAGAGGAAAAUGCAUUACAACGAAGCGCAGAACAUCAAGCUGGCCAGGCAGCUGAUCGCAAAGGAAAUGCACGGCGAGGCUGCUGCUGCGGAGGAGGAGGAUUGUGAGGAGGAGGAGGAGGAGGAGGAUUGUGAGGAGGACGAUGAGGAGGAGAUGCAGGAUGAGUGUAAAACAAGUACAGAACCAGAUGCAGCAGCAUGCCAGAAGCAGAGUGUCUCCUUCUGCAUCAGCUUCCUUUGAGCCUGUUGGCAUCUCCCGGGGAGGGGCCUCCCUUCCCCCCAGGGAGUUCAUUCUGGAGAGAGGGAAAGAGCUUUCUCCCCUGAGACACUCUCUUGGCUGGGCUGUUCUUCGCCUGAAUAAAUUGAUCGCUUCUUCUCUUUGAAGUUCCAAGAAUGGUGAAUGCCGGAGGAAUUCAAAAGAAAACCUGGGGGUCCAAUGUCGCCCACCUCUAGUUGCAUAAAUUGGCACCCACAGUCUGAUCAGCCAAACUUCUCAUUUGGAGUUGGGAAGCCUUCUUGAAUCACAAAGGUGUAAGGAAAAAUAGCCUCACAGAUAGCAGGCAGGGAGCAAGAGGAGAGCGGGGCAGCCCUCGCUUUUCUUUGCGAAGGAAGCCGAGGGAAGAUAACCUCCUCUGGGCAGCGGGCAAUCCUAGCCUGCGCCUGUGAGGAAGCCAAGAUAGAGGGGUUUUUUUUGGGGGGGGGGGGCACUCGGUCUGAGUAACCAAUAGGGAAAGGCUGGGAUCUUCCUCCUUCCUCUUGCUUCUCGGUAGAAGUGGGGACCAAGGCCUGCCUCUUCAGAAGGGACAGAAAGACCCAGUUUUACUUAUUCUUUUGCUAGCAGCCUUCCAUUUUGUCUCUCGGUGGGCUUUUUCUGAUCAAUAACUCAAUUUUCUCAGGUGACCUAGGCUUUGUUACGAGUCUGCCAGAAAUGGCUUCUCGGGUUUUCUGUCUUUUACAGGUGUUUAAAUGUUUAAUAUGGCUGUCUGUCUGCCCCAGAUGUAUCAUAGAAUUCAGCUGCUCUAACAAGUCUAGAAAAAUGUAACUCAAAAUCCAAAGUACUGAACUUCUCAUAAAUCUUAGCACUCUGAUGUCCUGCUGGAACAUUUCUAAUCAGUCUUGGCCAUGCUGGUUUUGGAGGAGAUCUUUGCUUUACGCUUCAUCUAAGAGUGGAGAAGGGACUAGAGGUUUUCUUUGGGCGUCUUUGGGCUCCAGCUUAUCAGGGACCCUCCAAAAGUUGCCCAACUAUUUCAGUAAAACGGUAUGGCGCUGUCUUGAAAUGGCAACCCUGGCUGACUAGCAUGGAAUCAGUGAAACCAAUCAAUAGCCCUAGUAACGAGUACACACUUGGCAGCAGCCAAAGUCAGUGGCCUUUACAGACCAUCUCCAUCUCCCCCAGGCUCCAUUAGCCUCGCAGGAAAACAGCUGUGUGAUGGAGACUUUCCAAAACGGCAGCAGAGAUGGAUUUUGAAGGAAAGGGCCUGCCUCUUCAGGCCUACCUGAUGAUACUCCCCAGAACCUGGAGGAUGCCCCUAUGUUGGGAAUGGAGGGGCAGGUAGAAACCGGUUAAUUACCCACCCUGUGCUGCGAAGGGCUUUGCUCGUGGCAACAAGCAUCAUGGAUUGCCUUCUUAAGCCCCCGGGGAGUCAGUGCAGCUCACCGAGGGUAGGCAGCAUGGGCAUACCGAGGCGCACGCCCAACUGCCCACCUGGGCUGAUCCAGCUAAAGCCUCCAGCUGCUCUUCAAGGGUAGCCUCAUGUGAAAUACAAGAAACCCCUCUGGAGAGGACCUAGGCAGCAGAGACCACCCACCCAGGAAAGAGAGAAUUGGGGCAUGAAGGAUGUCCUAAGCCCCCCGCCACCCCUCCCAGCCGUGGCUGCCACCUGUUCCAGCCACGAGUCCAGGAGAACUCCUAGGUUGUUUAGAGUAGCAGUACCCCGUCCAGAAUUAAAGACGGCAGAGAACUGAACCCAGGGGCACCUAAAACCAACAACCACUCAGUCUAGCUAGAAGAAGCCCCCUACGGCCACAGCUCCAAUCCCGCCUCACCACUGGCCACAGCAGUGCAGCUUGUGAGAGCUGCAGCUAAACAACAUCCAGAGGGUUUUCUUAUUUUCUCCUCCUCCGCCUCUCUCGCUGCAGAGUUCUUCUUUCUCCAGGUUUCAGGGUCAGGAGGAGAACCCCUGUCCACCUGCGGCCUCUUGCCAGCGACUGAUUAGUCCAAAGUUUGUGGUCCCGUCCCGCCUCUCUGGACGUCAGAGACUUCUGCUCUUUAAACUCCUGGCGAGAGUCGGGCAAGGCCCCUCGGCCUCUGCUCUCCUCUGAACACUUCU